UCUUUGUCGCACGAAUGGCGAGGCUCGCUGGAGCCGGUAGUUGAGGCGCUGAGGGAAGCUGUAGUGCCAGUGUUCGAGGAUUCGCCUGGUACAUUUAAAGUUGAAGUUUGCCGCUAAAGAUGGCAGACCCAGAUGUCCUCACCGAGGUUCCUGCAUCAUUGAAGAGGUUAGCCAAGUAUGUGAUCCGGGGCUUCUAUGGCAUUGAGCAUGCUUUGGCCUUGGACAUCUUGAUCCGGAACCCCUGUGUGAAAGAGGAGGAUAUGUUGGAGCUGCUCAAGUUUGAUCGGAAGCAGCUUCGUUCAGUUUUGAAUAAUUUAAAGGGAGACAAGUUCAUCAAAUGCAGAAUGAGAGUAGAGACUGCUGCAGAUGGGAAAACCACUCGCCAUAACUACUACUUUAUCAAUUAUCGUACUCUUGUUAAUGUGGUAAAAUAUAAAUUGGACCACAUGAGAAGGAGGAUUGAAACUGAUGAGAGAGAUUCCACCAACCGGGCUUCCUUCAAAUGUCCUGUCUGUUUUAAUACUUUUACAGAUUUAGAAGCUAAUCAGCUCUUUGAUCCCAGGACAGGAACUUUCCGCUGCACUUUUUGCAAUACAGAGGUAGAAGAAGAUGAAUCAGCAAUGCCCAAAAAAGAUGCACGCACACUUUUGGCAAGGUUUAAUGAACAAAUUGAGCCCAUUUAUGCUUUGCUUCGGGAAACAGAGGAUGUGAACUUGGCCUAUGAAAUACUUGAGCCAGAACCCACAGAAAUACCAGCCCUGAAACAGAGCAAAGACCGUGCAGCAACUACGGCUGGAGCUGCUGGCCUGUCAAGUGGGCACCACCGGGAAGCAUGGGCUACCAAAGGCCCCUCCUAUGAGGACUUAUAUACUCAGAAUGUUGUCAUUAACAUGGAUGACCAAGAAGAUCUUCAUCGAGCCUCACUGGAGGGGAAAUCUGCCAAAGAGAGACCCAUUUGGUUGAGAGAGAGCACUGUCCAAGGAGCAUUUGGUUCUGAAGAGAUGAAGGAAGGUGGCUUAGAUAUAGAUGCAUUUCAAGAUCGUGAGGAAGGCCGUGCAGGGCUGGAUGAUAACGAGGAGGUUAUGCGAGCACUGCUCAUUCAUGAGAAGAAGACCCCCUCUGCUACUGCUGGCUCAGUGGGGGCGGCUGCUCCUGUGACCGCUGCCAAUGGCAGUGACUCGGAGAGUGAGACCAGUGAGUCAGACGAUGACUCCCCACCUCGUCCAGCUGCUGUGGCUGCACAUCACCGAGAGGAUGACGAGGAGGACGAUGAGUUUGAGGAAGUAGCAGAUGACCCCAUUGUUAUGGUGGCUGGUCGUCCAUUCUCGUACAGCGAAGUGAGCCAGCGGCCAGAGCUGGUGGCACAGAUGACACCAGAGGAGAAGGAAGCGUACAUAGCAAUGGGACAACGCAUGUUUGAGGACCUCUUUGAAUGAUCUGUCCCUACAUUUUCCUCCUUUCUCUAAAGCUCAUUUCAAAAAGAAAGUACCUACCUUUGAAGAAAAGUAUUUAAGUGGCUUUCUGCCCUUCUUGAUGUAAAGUGACUGUUAAUCUUGCGCCAAAAAAAAAACAAAAAACACUGGGAGAGAAAGAUUGAUUUUUAUGACAGAAACUUUCCCAAAAGGUAGGUUGGCUACAAGCGUUCCUUUUCCCAUUACUACUACAGUAUUGCCAUUUUACUGUAUUUUCUUAUCUAAUCCUUUUCCUUUCCUUUUUAAGACACAUUCUUCUCCCUUGUGAAAUAAAUAAGGGAAGUCUUAAGGUAAAUUCUUUCUGUCUGCCUGCAGAAGCCCACUAUGACAGGUUACAGUAAUUCACUGAUCACAUUUUUUAAAAAUCUAUUCUGAGCCAGCAUUCCAAACAAUUCCUGGUAUUGCUGCAAACCAAAGCAGCUUGCCAACAGCAAAUCAUUUGAUGAGGGACAAAACAAUCUUAAAAUUCAAUUGAGGAUGAUGUCAAUAAGUAAGGGGAAGUUGGGAAUGUGUGUGGAAGAGGGAUGGAUAUGCCUAAAUCUUAUGAUUAAUAUCUAAACCAAAAUUUGUGUAUUUAGAACUGACCUGACUGGAAGAGUCUAUUGUUUUGCUUAUUGCCUUUUGGUUUGUAUGUUGGAUGAUAGAAAGCAGAAAGUAUUUUGGUAAACUCUUAUGAAGAAAUUAGGAAAAAAACAAACA